CCGCAAUCCACACGCGCUAACGAAUAGCGCGUAAUGAGCACAGCCCAACGGGAUCAUUCCCAAAUCCAAUCUCCAUAGCCAAUUCAUCCAUAAAUCCUACCUGAUUGAGCGCAAAUCACACAAUGGAGUCGGAGCUCAAAGUCCUAACUCGCCAAUCCACCAGCCAGCGCCCUGAGCCCGAGCCCGAGCCCGAGCCCGAACUCGAACGAGAAGAUCGGCCGCUGCUCAAACCGGACUCCGUGCCGGACGCGCCGCAGAAACCUGUCCCGGAGCCUGGGCAGAGCAUCGAGGAGAUAGAGAGCAAGUGUGCGGCAUACGUGCGGCGUGACGUGUACGGCACGAUGGGGCGGGGGAAGCUGUCGUGGGCGGAGAGACUGUGGCUGGUCCCUAGAUUGGUGAUUCUGGUCCCGAUAAGAGUCGUGGCCGGGAUGACCAUCCUCGUCAGCUACUACGUCAUUUGUAGGGUUUGCACGGUGUUCCGUGCGCCGAAUAGGGAGGACGGGGAGGAGCAGGAGGAUUAUGCGCACCUCCGCGGGUGGAGGAGGACGGUGAUCCUCCGCACUGGAAGGUUUCUAUCCAGGGCGGUUCUGUUUGUGUUCGGCUUCUAUUGGAUAUCGGAGACACGUGGCGAAAAUGAGAAUGAAUCUAACGACCACUCCCAAGGGUUCGAAAGAUAUGGGGCUAUCAUCUCGAACCAUGUAUCAUAUAUAGAUAUUCUAUACCAUAUGUCUUCCUCAUUUCCAAGUUUUGUGGCUAAGAGAUCAGUGUCAAAACUUCCUCUUGUUGGUCUCAUAAGCAAGUGUCUUGGUUGUGUCUUUGUACAGCGGGAAUUAAAGUCAUCAGAUUUCAAAGGCGUCUCAGGUGUUGUAACUGAAAGAAUUCGAGAAGCCUAUCAAAACGAGUUUGCUCCAAGGAUGAUUAUUUUCCCAGAAGGCACGACCACAAAUGGAGACUACCUUCUUCCAUUCAAGACUGGUGUAUUUCUGGCUAAGGCUCCAGUACAACCUGUUAUCUUAAGAUACCCCUACCGGAGAUUCAGUCCUGCAUGGGAUUCUAUUUCCGGGGCACGCCAUGUAAUUCUUCUUCUGAGUCAGUUUGUUAAUUACAUUGAAGUGAAGAGACUACCUGUGUAUCAUCCCUCAGAACAAGAAAUGGAAGACCCAAAGCUUUAUGCAGCGAAUGUCAGGAAGCUGAUGGCUCAAGAGGGUAAUUUGAUUCUUUCAGAUGUUGGGUUGCCGGAGAAACGCGUAUAUCAUGCAGCUCUCAAUGGUAAUAUUAGCAUGCCUAGUGUUUUGCAUCAGAAAGGCGAUUGAUAAUUUCUUGGCCAUGCUCGGGAAGAAUAUAUUUGGUCUUCUGUUCGACUUCUGUAACCACAUUACUAUUAUUAACAUAUACGCGCUGAUUAAAUAGAAACUGUAACCUUGUUCCUGUGGAAUUGCUCAACAACACUUACCCAUAUAUUGUUUGCUGCUGCUUUGUAACAUUACAGAGAAAUUCCCUCAUACACACUGCAAAGAUGGUAGUUAAUCUGAUCUUUAGUGUUCCUGCGGGUUUAUUAUCUCAAACGUAGCGCCCUCUUCGGCAUGUAUAUCCCACUCUUUUAUACCUUUGAUUAUUGAAAUCAAAUGCAGAUUAAUAUCAUUCUUGUUUUA